AAAAACAGCUCCAGCACCCACUCUGAACCGGAGCCUGAAACAAUGUCUUCCACCAAGAGAAGCAGAAAGGACACUUGAUCAUACAAUCCUUGGAAUUAUUUCCAGGAAACAUUUUCAGAAGCCAUUUGGAACAUCCUCCCCCUGGCAGCGCACUCAGGGACGGCCAGGAGAUGAGUGCAUCUCUGAAUUACAAGUCUUUUUCCAAAGAGCAGCAAACCAUGGAUAACUUGGAGAAACAACUUAUCUGUCCUAUCUGCCUAGAGAUGUUCACGAAACCAGUGGUAAUUCUCCCCUGUCAGCAUAACCUGUGUAGGAAAUGUGCCAGUGACAUUUUCCAGGCCUCUAACCCAUACUUGCCCACAAGAGGAGGCACCACUGUGGCAUCAGGGGGCCGAUUCCGCUGCCCUUCCUGUAGACAUGAAGUGGUUUUGGACAGACAUGGUGUAUAUGGACUUCAGAGGAACCUGCUGGUGGAAAACAUCAUCGACAUCUACAAGCAGGAAUCCAUCAGGCCAGAAAAGAAAUCUGAUCAGCCCAUGUGUGAGGAGCACGAAGAGGAGCGCAUCAACAUCUACUGCCUGAACUGCGAAGUGCCCACCUGCUCCCUGUGCAAGGUGUUUGGUGCUCACAAGGACUGCCAGGUGGCUCCCCUCACUCAUGUGUUCCAAAGGCAGAAGUCGGAGCUCAGUGAUGGCAUCGCUGUCCUUGUGGGAAGCAAUGAUCGAGUCCAGGGAAUGAUCAGUCAACUGGAGGACACUUGUAAGACUAUCGAGGAAUGCUGCAGAAAACAGAAGCAGGACCUUUGUGAGAAGUUUGAUUACCUAUAUGGCAUCCUGGAGGAAAGGAAGAAUGAAAUGACCCAAGCCAUCACCCGAACACAAGAGGAAAAACUGGAACAUGUCCGUGCUCUCAUCAAAAAGUAUUCCAAUCAUUUGGAGAAUGUAUCAAAGUUGGUUGAGUCAGGCAUUCAGUUCAUGGAUGAGCCAGAAAUGGCAGUGUUUCUGCAGAAUGCCAAAACUCUGUUACAAAAAAUUUCGGAAGCAUCGAAGGCAUUUCAGAUGGAGAAAAUAGAACACGGUUAUGAAAACAUGAACCACUUCACAGUCAACCUCAAUAGAGAAGAAAAAAUAAUACGUGAAAUUGAUUUUUACAGAGAAGAUGAAGAUGAAGAAGAAGGAGGAGAAGUAGGAGGAGAAAGAGAAGAUGGAGAGGAAACCACAGAAGCGGAAGAGGUAGAAAAUGUUCAAAUAGAGUCAUCAGGAGAAGAUGAAAGUCCAGAAAAAACCUCAGAGCCCUCUCAGCUGACCUUGGAGCUCAAGGCUGCCCCAGUUUCCUCUCUGGAACCACCUUCAACCCUGCCACCUGCUGCAGAUGCCCCAGUUACACAGGGGGAGAUUGUACUCACAGGCUCUCAGCAGAGCACGGAGUCUGAAACUCCAAUUCCCGAAGCAGCGGAAACUGCGGAUCCCUUGUUUUACCCUAGUUGGUAUAAAGGCCAAACUCGGAAAGCCACCACCAACCCACUUUGCACCCCAGGGAGAGAAAGUUCGGGGCAAAUAGGGUCUCCAGGUUCUGAGAAUUCGAGUGUGCAGAUGGCAGAAAUGGCAGACGCUGCAGCCAGUGAGAGGGCAGCAGUGAGUGGUAAGGAAACUAGUUCACCUGCAGCUACUUCUCAGAGUGGAUCUGAGGCCCCUCCCCGCCAGCGGCAGGCUGCAGCUUCGGAGAGUGGGAAUGGAGCUGAUUCCCAGCCAGCUCGCCACGUUUUCUCCUUCUCCUGGUUGAACUCCCUGAAUGAAUGAUGCUCAUUCCAACUGCUGCCACUCUGUCUGCCUAGCUGUGGUGUGCACAGGGUGCAAGGAGCCUAGGUGAAAUUAACAAGUGCAGUGAAAAUGAUGAGGGACCUCUGGACAAGAUUUCUGAAAAAGAGAGACAGAGAGAGAGAGAGAGAGAGAGAGACUUUAAUUCCAGAUGAUUUAUCUAGGAUUGAGGAGGAGAAUUCUGUCAGAAAAUAAUUGCAGAAAGCAGUGGAAUAAAAGAAACUGGAUACUAUGAAAAUCUUUUUACUGUGUGGGAAACACUAUGAGGGGUGUUUAGGUGUGGUAUGUGCGAAUGUCAGUUAAAAGUGACAAGUGAUGAAAAAAGUAGGCACUAUAGUCUUGUCUCAAAUAGGCACUUUUUGUUAGCAUAGUAGCACUUAUUUUGUUUCUCUUUAACAGUGCAGGUGGGUCAGUGAAAUUCACUGUCAAUUCAGAAGUGACUAGUUUAUGAACCUAUAUGGACAAAAGGUAAAUCAUUGACCAAAGCUAUGAAAAUAAUUUGCAAAGUUUUCCUCUUUCCUACAAGAUGUCACUUGAUAUAUGUCAAGAGAUGUUCUUGGAAUUUAAUGAUACUUUUAAAGUUCGGAAGACUAAAAGCUUAGGACAUCUCUUGUGACAUUUUUCUAAUCUUAGUUUUAGACAUUCAUAUAUCAAGUCCUUUAACUGAAAAAUACUUUUUAGCAGAAACUGUCUGCUUUCUCAUGUAUUCACUGUGGCACCAAUCUGGUAAACUGUAGAACACAUACAUCACAUCACUUAAUCUAUGGAUUGAAAUCAUGCUUUAUUUGUCCCACAAUGAUGCUCCCUUCAGAACAUAUGUGUAACUUUACUCUGCAUAAACUCUUAAAUAAAUGCUGUUUUUAAAAAUUUA